GCGGGCGGGCGACAGAGGUCUUCGUCUCACUAACAUCGAAAGGUCCUGCGCGUGAGUCUCUUGAACGCCGUGGUGGUCAUUACACACCCACCAGUGACACCCACUACUACCACCACCACCACCACCACCACUCACCACCACACCACCACCUCCCCGUGCACCCCUUUACCCUUCCACCCCUUCACCGCCUCCACUUCCUCCGUUCCUCGUGGUGGUGUCCGUCAUCACCACCACCACCACCUCCACACCUGUACAAGUGCUACCACCUGCCUCCCACGGGAUCAUCUUGCGGGCGUAAUCAGCGCAAGGUGUUUCCCGGCUCCUGCUUCCUCCCAGUCAUGGUGUUGGCGCGCCUGGUAGCAGUCUUGGCCGUGGUGUGCGUGGGGGCGCGGGGGGCGUCUGGCCUCACCUUGGAAGGGGUUCGCGUCCCCCACGGUCACCCCCGGCCGCCCCUUCACCCCCCACGCCUGGCCCCCCGCGAUGACCUCAUGCCCGACGACCUCGCCCUCGACAGGUACGAAGAGGCACAACUACUGAACGAGCUGCAGGACCCCCUCUCCCCCACCUCCUACCGGUUCCAGCAGCUCAUCUCAGAACUCGCAGAGGCGGCAACGGAAGCAGAGAGCCUAGAGGGCGGCCCCGAUGGCAUCCCCCUGCCCGCGGAAGUAGCAGAGGCGGUGGCAGAAGCCGAGGCCGCCGCGGUAAUGAACGGGGGAGCGAGCGGAGGCAGCUGGGGGGCGUCUGGGGUCCCUGCUGUAGGUGCUGACCCCCGCUACCUGCUGGUCAACGAGUACCUGUCCCGCGCUGCUGAGCCCAACAGCAACACCCGGAAGGCCCGUGACAGCAGGAACAGCCGAAGCAUCACCAGCAGCAACACCAACACCAACACCAACAACAACACCACUCCUAACCUCAUCACCAGCGGCGGCAGCGGGAGCAGCGGCAGCAGCACCGCCACCUCCUCCAACGCCAACACCCCGGCCAGCCCCGCCAACCCCAACAUGUUCAAGCGAGCCUGGCCACACAACUUCUCCCGCCGGCGGUCCUCUGGCUUGUCCCUGUCCAUCGAUGCCUCCAUGAAGGUGCUGCGCGAGGCCCUGUACCUGGAGAUCGCCCGUAAGAAGCAGCGGCAGCAGCUCCAGAGGGCACAGCACAACAAGGCCCUGCUCAACACCAUCGGCAAGAGGGAUGUGGCCAGCCAGCUCCGCGAGGGACAGCACCACCAGCAACAGCACCAUGGAGCAGCGGCGCUUGAUAAUGGCAGGAACUAAAAAACUUCCCCACCUCGAUGUAAGGGCCUGAGGAGGAGGUGGAGGAGGAGGCAGAAGAAGAGGAGGAGGAGGGGAGAAGAAGUAGGUGUAGGGAUAAGGUGUUACUGGGUAUAUAUUUAACAAGAAAAGGGAAGGAAGAAGAAGAAGAAGAAGGAGAAAAAAGAAGGGAGGGUGUGUGUGAUGUAUCCGGUUCGGUGUAUCAAUAAAAAGCUUUAACAAGAUGCCAAACACUGUGCUGGGUGGAGAGAAAGACAGACAGACAGACUAAUAACUGAUGCCGACUCCCUCAGUUACUCUUACCACUCCUAAAAUGAUAUUAUUAUGUAUGUUAGUGUGAUGGGGUGUCUGCGUGCUGGUGGUGGUGGUGAUAGUGGUGGUGAUGGUGUUGAGAGGCUGGCAGUGAUGGUGAGGGAGAGACGGGUUCAUAUAGCGAUGGUGAGGGGUAUAGUGUCUCAGAUGGUGAUGCUAAAGGAAGGAUUUAUUAUAGUGAUGAUAAUGGUGAUGAGGGUUUAAUAGUGAUGGUGGUGAUAGUGAAGGGGGUGAAAGUAAAAGUGAUAGUGAGAGGGAAGAGUUGGAAAUAUGGUGAGGAGAAAAGAAGGUAGGGAUGAGAAAGGGAGAAAGGGGGGAAGGAAGAGGGAGGAAAGGAGGAGAGAGAAAAAGGACGAAAGGAAGGGAGGGAAGGAGGGGAGAUACUGGGGCAGGUGAAAAGGAAAGGGGGUCAAGAGAUUAGUUAAUUAAAGGUAUGGAGGGAAUGGAUGAAAGGAAAGGUGAAUGGCAGAAGAAGAAGAAGAAGGAGGAAAAAAGG